GGCGGCCGCCGGCGCCGGAACUACAUCUCCCAGAAGCCCCCGCGCGGCUCACCUUGCGUGACCACGUCGCCCUUCGCCACAUUUGAACAAAGUAAUCCCCUCAUUUUCUGAAGAGAGAUGGAAACCUUGAUGACUAGUUCAGCCCUGCCUCCCCUUUUUGCAGAUGAGGAUGGCUCCAAGGAGAGUAAUGAUCUGGCUACAACUGGUUUAACACACCCAGAAGUUCCAUAUAGUGGUGGAGUCACAUCAUCCACUAACAACUCAGAAUUCGUGGAGGAUCUCUCUCAAGGGCAGUUGCUUCAGAAUGAGCCUUCUAAUAUAGCAGAAGGCAAUGAGCAAAGGCAUGAAGAUGAGCAAAGAAGUAAACGAGGAGGUUGGUCCAAAGGAAGGAAGAGGAAGAAACCUCUGCGAGACAGCAAUGCACCCAAAUCCCCCCUUACAGGAUAUGUUCGAUUCAUGAAUGAGCGUCGAGAACAGCUUCGAGCUAAAAGACCAGAAGUCCCGUUUCCAGAAAUCACCAGGAUGUUGGGCAAUGAAUGGAGUAAACUGCCUCCUGAGGAAAAGCAGCGCUACCUUGAUGAAGCAGACAGAGAUAAGGAGCGUUACAUGAAAGAACUGGAGCAGUAUCAGAAGACUGAGGCCUACAAGGUCUUCAGCAGGAAAACCCAGGACCGUCAGAAAGGCAAAUCUCAUAGGCAAGAUGCAGCCCGACAGGCCACUCAUGACCAUGAGAAAGAAGCAGAGGUAAAGGAACGGUCUGUUUUUGACAUCCCUAUAUUUACAGAGGAAUUCCUGAACCACAGCAAAGCUCGGGAGGCAGAGCUCCGCCAGCUUCGGAAAUCCAACAUGGAGUUCGAGGAGCGGAACGCAGCCCUGCAGAAGCACGUGGAGAGCAUGCGCACGGCCGUGGAGAAGCUGGAGGUAGACGUGAUCCAAGAGCGGAGCCGCAACACCGUCUUACAGCAGCACCUGGAGACCCUGCGGCAGGUGUUGACCAGCAGCUUCGCCAGCAUGCCUUUGCCUGGAAGUGGAGAGACCCCUACAGUGGACACCAUUGACUCAUAUAUGAACAGACUGCACAGUAUUAUUUUAGCUAAUCCCCAAGACAAUGAAAACUUCAUAGCUACAGUUCGAGAAGUUGUGAACAGACUUGAUCGUUAGGGAAUGGUAUAGAGCUCCAGGAUGUUCUGUAAAUGGUUUUACUUGUGAGGAAUGAGAAGCCAUCCAUGGAAAUCUGAACUGAGUGGAGGCAGAGUGGGCGUGCACAUUACUCUGCUUGUGAAAGAACUGCCAGUUAUGAGCUAAAUGCCUUCACCCCAGGAAGCCAUAUGCGGGAGCAGCAGAAGGAACACAUACAUGAACUUCCUCUGGAAUCGUUCUUGUGGACUUUGAAAGUGUACAGCCUCUCCCCUGGGUCUUCAGUUUCCUGUCUUCUCCAUUUCUGUUGAAGUGGACCUGCAUAUAUUCUGCUGACCAGGCAACCUGAGACUGACAUGGCAGCAGUGAAGCUUCUCGUUGUUCCCAUUCAUAGAGGACCCUUUUGUCAGUAGCUCCAGUUUUCAUACCUAGAUGUCACUCUUUUUUAUAUGCCCUUGGGGGGGGGGGCAUUCUUUAUUCCCUCCCCACCCCCACCAAGUUAUACCUCUCCAUUGUCUGACCUGAGCUGCUGGCUCAGCAGGAUUCUGAAGGAGAGCUGCUCUCAUUGGACACACACAGUCUUCUCCCAUCAUUGCCCUGCUGUGACUCCAGAGAAAGGGACUCACUGUGGCAGUGUCCUGUGGAGGGGUGGGGGGAAGCCCUCCCUCAUGGAGGCUUUGUGCUUGCUGCCCAGGAGCAGAAUUCUCUCCUUCCACCUUGGUGCUGCCUGCUGUUUGCUCAGCAUGGCUGCUGUCCAUGCACUGUGUCGCAGCCCCAGGGAGGCGCCUCUGUUCCCAUCUAUUGGCAAUAUCUUGUGGAGCAUUUUGUUGAGGAAAAGGUCAUUAGUAAAUGGGAGAGAACGGGAAAAGUAGUUUCUCAUUUGAUGUGGGAGGAAAGAAAAAACAAGUUUAUCAUAAGUGAAAACUGAGGGAGUCCCUGUCUGCUUUAAAUACUCAAUUCAUGGCGAUCGACAGGUAGAAAUCUCAUUCAAAAUUGUCUCUUGAGCUCAUAGAAAGGAUUUCUCCUGUCUUUUAUCUUCCUUCUGUGACCAUAACCACAGAAUUCAUGUCAAAAGGACCGGGUUGCCUUCCUGCUCUCUUCUUAGGAAGUGAUUUUUUCAAACACCAAAGGGAUGAAGGGUUUCUGAUUCUCACCUCAGGGUUCAGUUUGAUUUGGUGUUGAUGCUCUAGAGGACAAGGCUGCCAGUUACAGCUGAGAUCUUUGGAACACAAGCAGGGCGUGCUGAGCCCAUUGUCUAGGCACUGCGCCACUGAAGCAGGUGGCAGCACACCCCCUCACAAUACGCUCCAAAGUCAGGGUGCAAGCCAGAAACCAUGUCAUGUGGCUGCACAUCAUGUCUUCUCAGCAUCUCCUUACCUGAUUUCUCAGCCCAGAGGAAAUAAAACAGCAGCAAAACCACCUUUUGUAAAUGUCUUACGUUGAACACCCAUCAAAUUUCCAUACACUGAAGCCCACCUACAGCUGUCGGGCAGUGUUUCAAAGUUAAGAGCCCACAUUAUUGCUGUAAACCUACCCAACUCACCUGCUUUUCUGUCUUCCUGUUGUCCCCUGCUGUUCCUGUCACUUCCCUCAGAGGCCUCACCUGCUUAAGCCCAAUCUAGAAUGCGCUGUCUCUGGCAGAAGGACUUCCAUAUGCCAGUUCUGUAACUUCAUGUCUGCCUCCUGCCAGAUGCUUCCUCUCCUUCCUUCCUCCUAAUAUUUCUGUUUCUCCUUUGUGUUAGUUUUGUGUGACAUUUUUAGUUCUCUUGACCAGGAAAGGCUGUAACUAGGUCCAAAGAUCAUCAUUCUCCCGACUCAAGGUUGAACAACUAGCAGUGACAUAAAACAAGCCUGUUCAGAAAUGUGAGGGAUCUCCAGAGAGCCCACAUUCUGAGGACAUUUUUCACCUAAUAAGCAGCCUGCUUUUGAAGUGCUCUCCCAGCUACACACCUGAGUCACUGGUGCCUGGGAUUCAGCUGCCACAAAACUGUCAGGUUCUGUUAAGGAAAUCAGUGUCACCUCCUCUCUUCCCUGUGCCCAACUAGGAGGUGGUAAAUGAGGUUAUAGGCUAACACAAUACCCAAUUCAUGUUUCCCAGUACACUUGUAGAUAUUACUGAACUUACAUGCUCUUCUCAAGAAAUAAGUUGUUGCCUAUUCAGUGUUACAGGUUUCUUUCUUUUUAUUAAAAAACAAGGAGCAGUUGAGGAAACUGAGACAAAGUGUUUUGUUUCUGACAAAUUUUAGAAAAAAAUGUGUACAUGUGUUUGGAACUGUUGAAAUGCCAAGUUUUCUGUACAAGUGUUUUUGUAAUUAAACUUUUAGAUUUUCUUUGUUUUUUUUUUAAGAAGUCGAUAUGCUUGCUUGACAUUUGCCUCAUUAAAACUUUUCUAUGUUGAGUCCACCCGAUUCACUUUUACCUGCAUCGUAAGGAAAAAAAAAGUCCUACCUCUGCCUUUUCAUGUUAAAGACUUUGUCAACUCUACAUUAAUCAUCAAGUCUGUUAUGCUUUUAAAACAGUAACACAUUCAUUUCACUAAUUGCUUAUUCAAAAUGUGUCUUAGCCUGUUUGAGAAUUCAGCUCUUUUAAUGUAUGCUAUAACAAUGCAAUGAGUUGUAAUUCAUUUUAAUGUAGCUGUAGUAUUCUGGUGGCAACUUGAAAGAAGUCUGAUGUUUUUAAAGCCGGUGACUUCAGUCCCCUUGAUAAUCUGACUGAAGAUAGUCUUCUGUUUGACAGGAUCUGAGUUCUCCUUAAAUGAUUGCGUAUAA